AUGAACCUUCGCCAGGAAGAUGUGACCAGAAUUGACGAGUCUACUGUCGACCAGUCGGCUGCGAAUCCGUCUGCAAUUGAGCCGUCCACUCUUGAGCCGCCGAUGGCUGAGCCAGCGGUAGUGGAGACGACUGACGAUUCGUUCUCGGGAACGCCUGAUGGCAGCAGUUCAGUGGCAGUCGACGACUCAAAGGUGUCUGAGGCCGUGGAGCAGAUGACGAAUGCAGAGGAGGAAAGCAGCGUGUCGAAUCCGAUGUUUCAUUACAAGGGAGAGCUGACUGUGGAUCCCAAGAGUGGAGAGGUGCUGGAUAUUCACAAGGCUGACUCUACAUCUUCGUCCGGCGGGGGAUUGGAAACGGCUGCGGCUUCCUCCGCCGCAGCUGCCAUAGCUGCAGUCAAUUCCGACGCCGCCGAUCCUGAUGGUGAGUUGAGGGCGGCCGGGUUAGAGGACCCCGAGUUGGAAGACUCCCAGUUGGCCGAAGCGGCAGCGAUCGGUCUUGAUACUGAUGGGCAGACGAUUCAGCGAAGUCCAACAGUGGGCACAUUGUCGACUGACGGCGAGUCCAAGAAAGACACCGUCGCCUUCGGGCACCAGGAUCUGGAACACGUGCCGAGGGCCGACGUUACCGGCGCUAGUCGUCAACCUGUACGACCACACAAAGUAAAGUCCGACCACAGUACUGUCGGCCAAACCAUCCAGACUCAUUCGGCAGUCAGUAGGGGCUUGGUCCCUGUUACGCGCCUCUCUGGAUCCGAGGCACACGAGACGCCGCACUCCGCCAAGUCGAUCACCCAACAGCUGAAUUCCGGAUUCACUUCCGGCCAGGCUACCUCGACCGACUCCGAGACGGACGCGAACGUGAUGGCCCAGGACGCGACCGGGUCCCUUCGUGACGGCGAGGACUCGGCCGGGUCCAUUCUUGGCAACAAGUCCCUUCUUGGCAGCUCGCUACUCGAACAGGGCGACAGUGUGUCCGUUUCCGGCAGUACAGUGGCAGAUGGCAGCCCCGUGGCCGCUGACAGUUCAGUGACCGCUGGCACCACGUUCGGGACUUCUACAACUGUUGCAGGCGACCACGGCUCGUCGGACCACGGCUCGUCGGACAUGCCUGUGGACGGAAGCGCCAGUCGGCAGGAGAUAGUGCCAGCCGGUACGGCCGCGACGGCGGAAAAGAUCCUACCUGCGGGCGAGGGGGUAAGUCAGGGUGCAGUCACGGCGGUCGCUCCCAGUGCAAACGAACACACAGCCAGCGGCGGGAGUGCGAAGCAUCCCGUGCAGGCGAGUGGCAGCUUACCGUAUCCGGCAGUACGGCCUGCAGCGGCUUACACCGCCGGGACGGCCGGCUCCGUUGGGUUUGACACGAGUCAAACCCGUACGGAGACCGGCAGGGGCGGAGCGUCGUAUGCAGUAAUAGCUCCGGCUGCCACCGCAGGUGUAGACAAGAAUCGGACACCUGAAGCCGGCUUCACCUCCGGUACGGCCGGGUCUGUGGGCUGGGUGGAUCAAAGUAGUGAAGCCUACGGCGCGGGAACCUCCGGCGUUACGGGACAGCUGGUGGCGAACAGGGACGCAACAUAUCCUGUUACUGUCCCACGAGCGGCUGCUGCUUCAAAUAGAGAUCGCACCGCUGGAGCGGGGUACACGUCUGGUACUGUGGAGUCCGUUGGUUGGGCCAACGAGGACCAAGGAGGUGGAGGCCGAGGCGCUGCGGGGUCUACAACCCCGGGGUCGUAUCCUGUUACAGUCCCAAGAGCUGCUGCUUCAGGAGCGGCUGCCUCAGGAGCGGCGGCUGCCUCGGACCAAGGUCGAGCCCCUGCAGCUGGGUACUCUUCCGGUGCUGUGGAGUCUGUUGGGUGGGCCGACGAGGAGCCGCCGGCUGAGUCGGAGACCGCUCCAGCUCCGGCACCUGCGCCCCGUUCGGCCAUGGUAGCCCGGGCAGGCGUCUCUGGGGCGACCAUGGAUGCAGUGGAUUGGGCGGAUGAGGAGGAGAGAGAGCCAUCCCGCGCACCUUUUCAUCCGAUCGCGGGCACCCUCCAAGUCUUCACUGAAACAGACGACGCCGGGGACACUAAGUCGUUGGUGUUCGACCCGGAGGAGCUAGCGGAGCCUGAAUCGGAGACUGUGGCCGAGGCCGAGCCCGAGGCUCCGAAGGUUGAAAAGCGCGCCGCACAAGCACUGUCGCUGAUGCCGGAACCCGAGGACGAACCGGACGCGGCGUGUCCGAUGCCCGCACGCGACGAGGCUGUCCCGGCGGAGCCUGAGGGUGUGACGGAGCCUGAAGUCUUAAAGGCGGCCGCGACCCCGGCAUUAUCGCCAGCGCCAGCCCCCGUGGUUGCAGCCACACCCCGCAGUGCGGCAGCACCACCGGCUGGUGAUGUCGAAGGGGGACACGCGGAGGGAGGCCGGGCCGAGGGUGGGCACUCGACUGCUAACGGCCAAGGCGGCAAAGCGAAAGUGGGCGACAUCUCCAUCAACGUCAAUGGUGGCGGGAGCGGCGACUGCGGUGGCGACUGCGGCUGUGCGUGCUAUCCCGAGUGCUGCGAAGAUGACGACGACGACGUGUCGGACGACGACGUGUCGGACGACAACGUGUCGGACGUCGACAGCGAGGACUUUGGGGAAUCACACCAGCGGCGGCGGAACCAGGAACUGGUCGACGAAUACGACGAGGAUGAUGAAGAUGAUUACGAAGAAGAUUAG